ACACACACACCCACAGGCUUGUACACACCCAGGUUAGGGAUGUCAUGACAGCAUUUGUGAUUUGUUAGAAGCAGUUUGCCGUCUCCAAUCAGAGCUUCUCAAACUUUCAAUGGUGGAUUACAUCAGAGGUUUCUUCUCUGCUGUUGUUGCCCUUGGUUACCUUUUCCAUAAUUUAUGGCUUGGAUUCUGAUAUGGUGCAUUUCUCCUUCAAACCAAACAGUUUUGUCUUUAGUGAUGUGUCUCAUUAACUUCCUCUGUUCUGUGUGUUAAAACAUGGGUGUUUGCCUGAGUUUAUGUUUGGACUUGUUGGUAAAAGUGAGCAAUAUGGAACCCAUUCAGUAAUAAACACAGCUUUUAGCCUGGAGCCGCACUAACUGCUCAUAUAACAGUAUUAUCUGCCAAGGUGGAGUCAGCCUGCAGUGUUGUUAAAGAGCCAGGGACACGUUUGGAAGAGAAAGUCAUGUAGUGUUUUUGAAGCUUUUAUUGAAACUUAAAUCAAAAUGUUGUUUUGAAUGAAAGACCAAAAUCUCGUUGUCUUGAUGAAUUUUGCCGCGUUUCCAUUAAGUAAAUUUAUUUUUGUAAUUCCAAUUUGUGCAAUUACAUUAGGGUAAGAGAGUGAUACAUUUUGGUCAAUGGAAAUACAAAAUAUAUUGUGUUUCAAAACAAAUAAAGUCUAUUUGUUUUAGACUUUAUUGUCUACUCUGGCAAAAAGAGUCUUAAAUACAGAUUUAACAAGCAUUUCUCCACACAAUCUUGCAAAUUGUCCGAUUCAAAUUGAGGAAAUGAGACCUUAUUUAAUCUGUUGCAAGGUUAGGGUUGGAACAGUUUGAACACCAGAUUAACAGGCAUCAAUAGAGGCAAUACAAAGACACGGAGUUCUUGGAAAUAGAAGAACUUCCUGUUUGGUUCAUUUAGAAAUUCAACACUAACAGGUUUUAAGAUUUCUACAACAAUUAUUUUGUACAUAAACUCAUUUCUUUUGGUUUGGUAUUAAUUUUCUAAAUAAUUCACUGCAGUUCUGUUUUGUCCAUGUAGAAUUGAAUGUUGUGAUAGUAACAUUUUUUUAAAAAUAUUUCUGUUUUAAAUCAGACCUAAUGGUAGAAAUUAGAAUCCAUGCCCCUCAGUAGUUCUGUGUUUUACAACCUGUUAAACUGGCACAGUUUUUUUAAAUGAACAUGUGGAAGUCUUUCCUGCACUGUUUUCAUUAUUUGCUACUGCGACAUAAACAAGAAGAGCUUGAUAAAAUAUUAACAUGAACAAUUCAAAAGGUAGCUGUAGGGUCAUGGGGUCAGCGCCCUGCAGACUGAAUGCAGCAGAGAUCAGAACCCUUUCCUUCCCGCUGGGUUCUAUGAACACAGAGGCUUCACUCCCUCUGUCCUCUCAGCUCCACCUAGACCCUGAAUAUUUCAGCAGCGGCUAUCUGUUUAAAGGACAUGUUUGUCCUUACCGUUGCUAUGGUCACUGGUAAAUUUUCCACCUGCCAGCAACAACCUCAGCCAAGGAACUGGAAGAUGUAUGUGUCCUUCCCAUUUCUUUUAGGUGUAUGACCAGAUGAGAUCCGUAUUUUUAGAAUUCCAGACAGUCCACUUAGGAAAGGUUUUGUUGGCUUUUGUGUAGAUCAGAUUAAUGUGUUUCCCAGCAGAAAGCUUGGCCUACUAUCCAACGUGAUGGUGACUCUGGUGUCAGUUGCCUGAAAAUGACACCAUUGGCCUUUUGGUGUCUGAUACUACUCUGAUGGAUUUUAAAGUUGUAGAGAAAUGGGAGCUGACAGUAUCGUCACAGGAUCAUAACAAGACAAUGGAAGCUAAUAAAAAGAAACCACAACUAACAGCAGUGGCUUUUGGUGGAGCAGUGACAGCAGCCUGCUCAGUGUCUGGAUGUGUAGUCAGAACCAAGAGUGGUGGGAUUGUGAGGUGAUGUUCUUCACUGACGGACUUCCUUCAGAAUUUCAACUUUCAGCCUUUGAUGAAUCCAGAUUUACUGGUUUCUAUUGGUGCAAAAUUACAAUGCAUGUAUUACAUCAAUGAUGUAAAAGUCCGUUAAGAUGCAAUAUGAUAGUUUAUACUGCAGACCCUUGGUUACGCGUCCAAAUUAGUUUCACAUUUGGAAGUGGCACAAAUCUGAUUUUUUGGACGGUGACAUUACUAGAAUAGUGCCGUUUAGACAAAGUUGGACAUUGGUCUCAUUUGGUAAAAAAAAAAAAAAAAAAAAAAAAAGAUAAAACAAAGAACCCAUCAGACGUUGUCCGGACAGCUUGUUUUCACAGGUAAAGAAAAAGAUUUCAAACUAUGACAUGAAACAUUUGUGUGAGGUUGACCUCGUCAUCUUUGAGCUUUUUUGCUUAACAUGAAAGCUCAUGUAUCUUCAUGAGAAAAGGGUGUGUACGGCACUACUUGUCCUCACCACACCUUUAUGAAACUGUUUGGGUUGACAGACAAAGCCAGAAACCUGAUCAGGGAAACAGAAAGAGAUAAAAGCCUUCCAGAACGAGGAUGAGGUCCUUGCCUGCCUAGCGGAGCGUCCCUGCUAAAGAUGGCCGCAGAGAGGUUUUUCUGUCGUUACUUCCCUUCCUGUGACUCUGAAGGCUCCCAGUAGGCAUCUUCUCUGUGUGACAUGUCUAACCCCACGUGAUCUGGUGACCAUGAUGGCCUCUGUGGUUGCUAAUGGAAACAAAGAUGGGCAGUCUCUGGUGUUGAAAGGGGUGGACCCAGAGACGUGCAUGAUUGUAUUCAAGAACCACUGGGCUCAGGUUGUGAAGAUCCUGGAGAAGCAUGACCCACUGCGCAGCAGCUCCACGCUGGGGGUCAUCGGCCUCGGCGGCGUGGCGACGGGGGCCCCCCGCUUCGGCCCCGUCCCGGGGGACGAGGCGAGCGCGGUGCAGAACUACGUGGAGCACAUGCUUUUCCUGCUGAUGGAGGAGGAGAGCGGCCAAGGGGGCGCCAUGGGGCCCAUCCUGGAGUUUGUGGUGAUGGAGAACGUGAUGGAGCGCCUGUUCGUGUGGAGCCUCCGGAGGGAGUUCACCGACGACAUGAAGCUGGAGCAGCUGAAGAUGUACGAGAUGCUGGUGGGCCAAGCGCACCAGCCGCUGCUGCAUCACAAGCCCGUCCUGCGGCCCCUCAUGAUGCUGUUGUCGUCCUGCUCGGGCGCGGCGGCACCAGCAGUGGAGGCGGAGCUGGUGCUCCUGCUCCACCAGCUCUGCUGCGUUCUGGCGAAAGACCCAUCCAUUCUGGAGCUGUUUUUCCACACCAGCGAGGACCAGGGGGCCACCAACUUCCUCAUCUUCUCCCUCCUCAUCCCCUUCAUCCACAGGGAGGGCCCCGUGGGCCAGCAGGCCAGAGACGCCCUGCUGCUCAUCAUGUCGCUGUCUGCCGAGGACGAGAGGGUGGCCAAGCACGUCGCACAGAACACCUUCUUCUGCCCGGUGCUGGCCACUGGACUGAGUGGGCUGUACUCAUCCCUUCCCACCAAGCUGGAGGUUUCCAGCGAGGAGUGGCACUGCCUUCACAAGGAGGAGUGGCUCCGGAUGCCGUCCCUGGUCCAGUUUCUCAACUCACUGGAAUUCUGCAACGCUGUGAUCCAGGUCGCCCAUCACACCAUCAGAGACCAGCUGCUGGGUUACAUCUAUAAUGGUUUUCUUGUACCUGUCGUCGCACCAGCACUGCACAAGCUCACUCUAGAGGAGGUGAUGACCACCACGGCGUACCUUGACCUCUUCCUGAGGAGUGUGACCGAGCCGGCCCUGCUGCAAACCUUCCUCUCCUUCCUCCUCCUCCACCAGCAUGAGGGCGUCUACAUUCUGGACACACUGGUUAGCCGCAUCAACACACCCUUCCAGUUGGGAACGGUGUCCCUGGCGCUCUUUCGGACUCUGAUCGGCCUCUACUGCGAGGAUGUGAUGCUGCAGCUCGUCCUCAAGUACUUGAUCCCCUGCAACCACAUGAUGCUGAGUCAGAGACGAGUGGUGAGGGAGAGGGACUUCUACUCAGGAUCUGCGGCCAAGAUCCUGGCGCUGACGCCGUCCUGCUGCUCCCCGGACCGCAGCCCCCCGCCCCUCCGCCAGCUGGAGUCCAUCCUCUUCUCCAAGGGGGGGGAAACUCCAAACAACUCCAGCAACGCAGACCAGCAGGGCAGCUGCUCAGACGAGGACGACGGCUCUGGGACCCGCUGCACCAUCGGCUCAGAGAUCCACCUGGACGUCAGCUAUCUGCAUUACCUCUGCGACGCCCGCCUCAGCAUCAGCGGCUGCAUCCGGGCCUGCCGGGUGUGGUCGGCGCCGUACGACGGCGAGAACCCUCCUCCGGAGCGGUACCAGGCGGGCGUCCUGGAGGAGCCGGCGCCGGAUGGCCGGCCGCCUCAGAGGAGAGUCCCGCCCCCACCUGCACCACCGCCGCUGCCUCGCCCCCUACCCACCAAAGAGCUGGCCUCCUUCGCCCAGCUGGAGCUGGAGUGGGACGACAGCUUCGACACGUGUCCAGUACAGGAAGCUGAGGCCACCGCCGACCCCAAGCCUUCCUCUGAGCCGCUCCCCAAGCACAUCCAGGAGAUGAGGCGGUCGGCCAUCAUGCUGGUGAAAGGCUCGUACUCGGAGGAGAGCGAUUUCCAGGACGACGUCAUGGUGUAUGAUCUGGUCGCCAAGAAAGACGCCUCAGAGAUGGAGCAGGCGCCACCAGUGGACGAGGCCCCGUUGGCCUCACCGAAGAACGGGCUCAGUAGAACCCUGACGGCCGAUAACACAAAGAACAGCUUAAAGGCCAAGGUCAAAGGUCGGACUGACUGCAACGGGAACCUGCAGAAGGCAGCUAACACCAGUGAGGAUCUUCUAGCCCAGUAUGAGGAGCUGAUCCGCUCUCUGCUCAGCGAGGCCGGUGGGAAACCGGCGAGGGCUGAUGGAGAGGUGAGGAAGACUGCAGCAACAGAGGAAGAGGAGGAAGAAAUGGACUUCACUUCCUUUACAGCUGAAACUCCAGAGUCAGAGAAGCCUCAAUCUCCGGUGGGGGCCAUCCAGAGGUUCAAGAGUGGAAGCUGCAGAGGAAACUACGCUUUACCUUUCACAGGUCCAUUCAUCAGCGUGCUGCUGUCCCGCCUGGAGAACAUGCUGUCCAACAGCCUUCAGGUCAACCUGCUGCUGACCGAGAUCCUGGCCCAGCUGGCUGCUUACCCCCAGCCGCUGCUCCGCUCCUUCCUGCUCAACACCAACCUGGUGUUCCAGCCCACCGUCCGCUCGCUCUACCAGGUUUUGGCCACUGUGAAGAACCAGAUAGAAGAGCUGGCCGCCUGCAGGAAGGACUUCACAGAGCUGAUCACUGUGGCCCAGCACUGGCUGCUGGCCAGGGAGGCCAGCACAGAUAAAACCAGCGGCGGCGGGUCCAGCCAGUACGAAGGAGGAAGGAUUCUGAGGAACUCCCCGCCUCCCAAACCCAAAGCCAUCUCUCUGGAUCAGACAGAGGUCUUCGCUACAGUCCUCUUCUCCGAGUUUCUCAAAGAGCUGGCAGCCAUCGCUCAGGAGCACUCCAUCCUGUCCCACGUUCCCAUGGAGGAGUAGGGAUCCACCUCAGUGCCUUUUCAGGUACUGUUUAAUUAAUCAGGUUUUCCCCCCUUUUUUUAUAUAGAAAGAUUUUGAAGAUACUUAUUUUUUCAAACAAAUCAACUUGGAUUGACUUCCAUCCUCCUGCCUCUGCGAAGCCUGGAGACAAACUGCAGCCCUUCCCACCAAAGACUUUUACAUCUUUCCAAACAUUUUCUGGACCGUCUGAAUGUUUCCUGCAACCAGCCGCAGCGGCGACACGCUGCUCUCUGUGUUUUCUUUUCCGUCUCAAAUGUUGUCUUUAAGCAUCAGGAUGCACUGCAAAAACACAAAAUCUCACCAAGUAAGUUUGAAUUUCUGGUACAAAUAUCACCUGAAGUAAGACAAAACUAAUUUACAAGUAACUUUUCAUCAAGAACCAAGGAGGUUGAUCGAAUCAGUACUUCCUUUAUAUUUAUGUUUUAAAAAGGACUAGUUCCACUGGCAGAUUAUUUCACUUAUAGCAAUACAUGUUUCUGAUGUUAUAAGUGAAAUAAUUUCCAAAUUGAACAAGCACUUUUUCAUUAAUAUUAAAAAAUUAUUGACGUAAGAUAAGCCCAUAUGUCUUGCUGAAAAGUUACUUGUAAGUUUGGUUCCUCUUAUUUUAAAUGUAAUAAGAUAUUUGCACUAAAAACUAGACCAAAAGCACUUGGUUAUAUUUUGUGUUUUUGUGUACAGCUGUUACAAGUUGAGUCCUAACUGCCUACAGAUUUCACAAAGUGCAUUAGCAGUCUUCAGGUCCAGAUGUUUCGGUGCUAAUUCACCGCGGCGCCUCUGGCACCUCCUUCCUUUUCUGACCCGCUAUUGACUCUGCACAUUUUCCAUCGUUCCCUGCAUGAUUACUGACACCUCUUGUAAAAAAAAUAAUAUCUAAAAAAAAAAUCUUGAAAUAAAUGCAUCUGUGAUUGCAGCAGCAGAAUCAAAUAAUAAUAAUAAAAACUUCCAGCCUUUACAUUAAAUAUAUUUAUUCAGGAAAGAUAUAUUUUUUCAAGAUGGGUUGUAUUUACCAAAAUCCCCAACAGUUACUGUAAAAUAUGUGUAGCUAAACAUUUUGUAUAAAUUCAUAGUUUUCUCUCUUAUGUGUUGAGUUGAUAUUUCUAGUUAGUCAUGUUGGACGUCUUUAUCAUUAAACAUGUGGCCCACAGUGCAAAAUCACAAAAUCUGACCAAGUAUUUUGGUCUAAUUUCUGCAAUAUUGCAGUACAUUUGAAAUAUGACAAAACUAACAUGCAAGUAAAUUUUCAGCAAGAAAUAUGAGUUUGUUGUACAUCAAUAAGUCCUAAAUAUUGAUGGAAAAGAAGCAGAUUAUUUCUCUCAUAACAUGGGGAAACUAAUACUUUUUCAUCAUUACUAUAGAAUUUCUAAUUCUUAUGAAUUUUGCUGAAAAGUUAGUUUUGUCUUAUUCAAGUUUGCUAAAGAUAUUUGCACUUUUUUUUUUGCAGAGCAGAUAUUCAUUUUGCUCAGCCAGUCUUUGUCCUGGUUAGCUGACCAAGUGGUCAAAUUAUUUCACUUAUGGGAAAAAUGUCUUGUGAAAGGUGAAAUUGUCUCCCAACUCUUAACUUUGAACAAUCUCCUAAAUGUUGCUCAACAGUUCCAUGUGAGUUAGUUGUGUCUUAUUUAAAGUGCACUAAGAUAUUUGCAGUAGAAAGUAGACUAAAAUUAUUUGGUAUGAUUUUGUUUUCGUAUUGUAAGCAUUCAACAUGAGAAAAUCUUCUUCUGUGCAGACAGAGCGUUUGCAUACUUUAGCCAGGAUUAAUCACUGUACAUGUUGUGUCAGUCCCAGCAGAUCCCAUGACAGAUAUAUUACAGCAUCAGACCCGUAGUAAGCAUGCUAGAACUUUAGACCUGCUUAUUUUCAUACACUAGGCAGAUGUGCAAUAAUGUGGAACUGAUGGAGGGAUCUUCAGUCACCACGUCUCCUCAACGCUUAAUCAUCAUCAUUUAUUUAAGACUUCUGCGCUCUUUCAGCUUUAAAGGGGUGCCAAAAGAUGCCGUCUUUAUCUAUAUGUGCACAGAAGAGCAGAGCCAGGCUCACCACUGCUGUAUGUAACGUGCCUUUCACCUUUACCUGUUUAUGAUGUAGAAAUCAUAAGGAAAAUGUUCUGAGGAAAACAAAACACACUAUGCAAAUGAAAUGUAUUGGGGAUAUUAGCUGUUAGAUCACUGUGAUUACGGGUAGGGGUAUUUAAAAUGUUCGUUGACUGUUUUUCUUUUUCGUCACUUUCUUUCUCCUUUGCUUGUGAAAAGGCAUUUUAAAGCUGAUAAAAGCAUAAAAUCACUUUAUGGAGGGUUGAUGCUCAUAUCUGUCCAGUGUAAUCUUAUGGCACAAUAAAGAUAAUCUGGGUAUGAAAAUGAAAUAAAAGUCUUUUAUAGACCUUG